GGAUGUGGAGCUGCAUUAACUCCCGGGUUGAAUGGAUCGUAAUCGUUGCUACAGCAGUGGAAUAUUAAAUGCUAUUGUAAAUCCUAUACUUUAUAUUGGAAAAUAAAUAAAAAUGUCACUGUCAACUGCACGAUCAUUCCUAUCAGAGGCUUGUUAUGGGGAACAGGAAUUGGACGCCAAUUCCGCUCUGAUGGAGCUGGACAAAGGGCUGCGCUCGGGAAAGCUGGGAGAGCAGUGUGAGGCUGUGGUGCUGUUUCCCAAACUCUUCCAGAAAUACCCCUUUCCCAUCCUCAUCAACUCCGCAUUUCUGAAACUAGCGGACAUCUUCAGGCUUGGGAAUAACUUUCUGCGCCUCUGUGUGCUGAAAGUAACUCAACAGAGUGAGAAGCACCUGGAGAAGAUCCUUAACGUGGACGAAUUUGUUAAAAGGGUGUUUUCAGUCAUCCAUAGCAAUGACCCUGUGGCCAGAGCAAUCACACUAAGGAUGCUGGGGAGUCUGGCCUCCAUCAUCCCAGAGAGGAAGAAUGCUCAUCAUAGUAUUCGCCAGAGCCUGGACUCGCAUGACAACGUGGAAGUGGAGGCUGCGAUAUAUGCUGCUGCAAGUUUCUCUGCUCAGUCAAAAGACUUUGCAGCUGGAAUUUGCAACAAACUUAGUGAAAUGAUUCAAGGUUUAGACACUCCAGUGGAUCUGAAGCUGAAGCUGAUCCCAAUGCUGCAGCACAUGCACCAUGAUGCCAGCUUGGCUUCCAGCAGCAGAGAGCUUCUACAGCAUCUGGUCAACUCUUACCCUUCCACCCCCAUGGUCAUUGUUACCCUGCACACUUUCACCCAGCUGGCUGCCUCCUCCCUCAUCGAUAUCCCUAAGCAGUUACAACUUCUCCUUCAGUACCUCAAAGAUGACCCACGGAAAGCUGUUAAGAGACUUGCAAUUAAUGACCUAAAGCUUCUGGCUAAAAAGGCUCCCCAUCUUUGGCUCAGAGAAAACACCCAGACGCUGUGUGAGUGUGCUUUGACUAGCCCCUACAACAGUCUGAAGCUGGGGAUGUUGGCCGUCCUUUCCACCCUGUCUGGAACAAUUGCAAUCAAACAGUACUUUGGUGGAUCUUCAGUUCCCCCUCGACUCACUGACCUGGUUAAACUGGCACAAGAAUGCUGUUACCACAGCAACCUGGCAGUGUCUGCACACGGGGUCAUAGUGCUCUCCAACAUUGCUAUUUCUUGUCCAGAAAAAGAUAUAGUGCAGCUCGAGCAGGACACAAUUCUAGGAGUGGAGUCCCUACUGAUGCUCUGCAGUCAGGACAGCAGCCCCAGUGCCCAGGCUACACUCAAAACGGCUCUCACCUCAUUGGUUAAGCUGCUGAAAAAUCGGCCCCAUCUCAGCCAAUCGGUUGUGGAAUUCCUGCUCAGCCAGCUCCACUUAUCCUGUGACUCCUCUUGUGUUCUCAUGUGCCACGCACUAGCAGCCAUCACCACCCAUCUUCCAGUGCUGGGCCACGGUAUGCUGGGAGACCUGGUGGACCUCUACCGUGCAGCCAGUCACUCCUCGACUGCCAAGCAGCAAGAGCUUCUGGUUUCCCUAGCCACAGUGAUUUUUGUCGCAAGUCAGUCGUCUCUGACGGUUGACGUGAAGACGGUCAUCAAACAGCAGCUGGAGAAUGGCGCUAAUGGCUGGACUGUGUACCGCAUCGCCAGACAAGCCUCACGCAUGGGAUGCCAUGAGUUCUCCAGUGAGCUGUACCAGAGCCUGCGGACCCGUGUGGCGUCGGAGCACUUCUACUUCUGGCUGAACAGCCUGAAGGAGUUUUCACAGGCUGAGCAGUGUCUGAAUCACGUAGAGGACGGCGACUACAGUGGAGCCAUGAGUGCCAUUGCGGAGGCCCUGCGCUCCUACCAAAAGGGCAUCGCCUCCCUCACAGCUGCCAGCACUCCUCUGAGCCCGCUUACAUUUCAAUGUGAGUUCAUUAAGCUGCGGAUCGACACCCUGCAAGCCCUGUCACAGCUCAUUUGUACCUGCAACAGUCUGAAAACCAGUCCCCCUCCCGCUAUCGCCACCAGCAUCGCCCUCACUUCAGGCAAUGACCUGCAGCGGUGUGGCCGCAUUUCCAUGCAGAUGAAGGUAUGCAUGGACGAGUUCAGACGUCUCGCCGCUCGCUAUGCAGAUUUACAUCAGUCCUCGUUUGACGCAGACUAUGCUACUCUUCGCAAUGUGGAGCUACAGCAACAGAGCUGUCUACUUGUCUCCCAUGUCAUUGAAGCAUUGAUCCUGGACCCGCAGGCAGCCAGUUUUCAGGAGUGUGGCACUCUGGGGGCGGUUCAGACCGAGAGCGAAUAUGAGCGACAAAUGAUGUCAGUCUUCAAUCGCGUCCUAGAGGAAGUGGAGGGUCUCACCAAGAAACACCCCCCAGUUUCAUACCUGCAUACAAGUUGUCUCUGUGAUGCGGUCAUAGCUUUGCUCAAAGUGCCGCUGUCUUUCCAGAGGUACUUCUUCCAAAAGCUCCAGUCCACAAGCAUUAAGCUUGCCCUCUCACCAUCUCCACGAACGCCGAGUGAACCGAUCCCAGUACAGAACACUCAGCAGCUGACACUGAAGGUAGAGGGGGUGGUGCAGCACGGUUCGACUCCAGGGCUCUUCAGGAAGAUCCAGUCUGUCUGUCUAAAUGUUACUUCAGUUCUCCAGAGCAAGACAGGGCCUGACUACAAGAUUCCUCUAGAUUCCAAAACAAAUGAGAUUGAACAGAGAGUAGAACCCCACAACGACUACUUCAGCACCCAGUUUUUGCUGAAUUUCUCCAUACUGGGCACACACACAGUCACUGUGGAGGCCUCCGUGGUGGACGAAAGCGGCAUCGAAUGGAAGACCGGACCCAAGACGACGGUGUCGGUCAAAUCCCUGGAGGAUCCAUACUCCCAGCAGCUCCGCCACCAGCUGCAGCAGGGCGGAGCCCAGUCUGCCCCGCAGAGGAGUGCAUACAAUCGCUUCUAGUAAACGUGCCCUUGAUGCUUGGUUACAGUCAAAAACUGUUUGCUCCAAUGCAAAGAUUUUGCCUUGUUAAAAUAGUGUAUAUAUUUUUAAUGAUUAAAAGAUGAAUUUAAAUUGCU